AUGCUUCUCAUCCGCACUCUUCACCACCGCAGCGAUCCGCAUCGUGUCCCCAUGGCUACAGCCAGGCCUAUACUCUUCCUACUCCGACACUUUUGCGUCUCAAAAUCGCCAUGGCUCCCCCUCGCAGCGUCGUCCAUACUUCACAGCCUCGUGGCACCGAGCGUCGCCGCCACCGACAUCACGACAUACAGAGACGCCGAAUGCCAAAUAUCCCAAGACGACAUCAAAGGCCCAAACGGAUACCCAGACGGCGCCUGCACCUUGUUCAGCGAACGAACGACCAGCAACUUCUCGAGCUUCCAAGUCGUUGACCUCGAUCCAGAAUGCGGCGUCACCAUCUACGGCCCCAACUCUGACAGCCUGUCCUGCUCCUCCACCGCCAAGCAAAUCGCCGACAUCGCACACUGCUACAACACCUCCUGGCUCUACUACAGCAUCGACAACUGCACCCCACCCGACGAGAUCCCCUCCACCACCACCACCGCCGCCACCCCCAACCCCACCAACCAGUCCUCCUCAGCCAGCGCCAUCAUCGGCGGCUCAGUCGGCGGCGCCGUCGCCCUCCUCGCCUCCAUCCUCGGCGCCAUAUUCUUCUUCCGACGGCGGAAACGGACACGCGAACGCGAACGCCAGUCGCCGCCCCAGCAACGGCAUGAGGAGCCGCCGCCGCAGGAACUGCCCGGCGAGCAGAGGGCGGAGCUGCAGGCGGGCGGCGAUGAGCCCAAAUACGAGUUGCCGAGUAAGAGUAAGCCGUCGGAGUUGUUGGAUGAGCGAUCGGCGCCGGCGGAAAUGGAGGGGGAUGUGCGGUUUUUGCGGGGGGGUUCGUAG